AGACAAGGUCAUGCUGCUGCAGUUGUGGAGAAGAAAGUGUACAUUUUUGGAGGCAGCAGUGGAAGUGGUUUUGGUGGGCAGCACAGUGACUCCACUAGUGAUCCAAUUUACUUGAAUGAUCUGUUCCUUCUUAAGGGUAUGCAAGGAUUGUAUAGAAACCAUAAAUGCUAUAAAUCUUUGCCUACUGUCUUCUAUGUCAGUAGUCAACUUUAAACACUGAUUCUUAAGGUACAGUGCUAGAAAAAACUUUGAUAGAAAAAAUAUUACUUUAGGUAUUGUUUGUCAAAUUCUGAAGGCCUAUAAAUAUAUAUAUUUUUUCUGAUUAGAACAUUAUAAUUACCAGUACAUGUACAUUUUCUGGUCGAGUUCAUCGUAAGUUGAAUAGCAAAGAAGUGUUUAAGUGUUGGUAAUUAACCCCCCGGCAGCUAGUAAGCCACUGAAAUCUUUAACAAUGUAAAGCUGUUGGCUUAACCCUUGGAUAGAGAAUUGUUUAUCCAGUCAAGAGCAUUGUCCACCUUUUGAAUCACUGGGGCCUGAUAAAGACCUAAUAUCCAACUGAUAUUUGCAUUAUAAUUAUUCUUAGUCGGUGUACAGGUGACAUGGGAAAGAUUACAACAGCUUGGAGACAUUCCUUGUGCUAGGGAUGGACACACCCUGAGGUCUGUAAAAGCCGGAUUGUCAUUUUUAUUAAUCAUUACUUCUGUUGGUAUUUGAAUACUACAUCUUCCUUGUCAUAUCAUGAAAUGUAGCCCCCAGUUAGGUUCUUUGUUAGAGUAUAAAACUGUAUUUCUAUUUUGUUUUUAAUCCAUAUACAGUGAUUAAUGUUAAUGGUUUGGUUCAAUUUUUUUCUUGGUUUAAAAACCAGAAGGUUUGAAAAGCAAUUAAACUGGAGAAAAUUUGAACCACAACAAAGAUGUAACAUUAAUUUUUUAUACCGUCCAAACUAUUUGUUUCUGGCAACUGAUUAUUUGUGACUUCUUUUAACUCUCCCCAGUGCUUUGGGCUCUGUACUUUAUUUAUUUGGUGGCUCAAAUUACCCAGAAUCAGAAGAAUGUUUGGAAGGAUUAUACGCUUAUGACAUAGGUAAAACUUUGUUGUAAUACUUUAAAAUUCCUAAGGCAUUGAUGUCGGUCAUAUUUCCUACAGAGGUUGAAUCUAACGAACUCAUUUUGCACUUUCAUGUGAAAGAAGUUUACUACCUUCAGUAGUCACCUCUCUAAUACUUCGAGUUUCUCUCUUUGUUUGGUCAGUUUUUACCAUACUGGUAACCACGGUAACAGUGUAUCUUAACAUUUUAAUUUCCAAUAGUGACCAUCAACAAUUUUCUCCUAACGAUAUCCAUCAUACAUUGUCAAGACAUAAAGUUAUGGUAAUAAUUAUUAAUAAAAUGAUCAUCUAAGGGAAAAAUUAAUGCUUUGAUCUUUGAACAAAUUCUCUUAACCAAAUUAUUCUCAAAGGAAAUGAAUGGAGAUCAGUUUGGAGACUUUGCAUGUGGAUAUCGGGGUUUGAAGGGUUAAAAACACCCAUUAUUCUAGCAUUGACUUACUUGUAAGUACUGUACAUGUAUCAGGGUUUUCAGUACGAUUUCAAGUUGCCAGACAGAGAAAAAAAGUUCUUUAUGUUCCAAAGUAGGGGGUUUGUGUGCCCCCUUAAAGGAGCCAUGGGGAAAUCCCUUACGCCCAGCUCUUAGUGACAGUUCAUUGUAUUAUUAGUGUAAUAAGAGUACUCUUAAAAUCAAAGUGAAAUACUUUAAAUUGCAAAGAUGGAAAAAAGCUAGUGUUACUAUCCUGGUUAUAAUCUCUGUCUCAUGUCCAAGUUUUCGGUAAUGCUAACGUGUAAAUGUAGAAGGUAUUAUUCAAUAGAUACCACAUGUACAGUAUAAUAAGCUUCUUGGGCUGCAUAAUUUUUUAUACUUGGCAUCAGCCAAUAGUUAGACAAGACACCACAACAAGAGAAGACAAGAACUUUAUUUUAUACCACACACAGAAAAGGUGUAUCAGGAUCUGGAGUUCGGGAGUUCAAGCUUUGCCCGUCAUGUUGUUUCCUUAGACAAGGAACUUUACUCCACUUUGUCUCUUUUCACCCAGGUGUAUAAAUAGGGAUCCGCAACAUGCUGCUGGGGGGGGGUAACCCUGGGAUGGACUAGCAUCCCAUCUAGGGGGUAGUCGGUAGCAAUACUCUGAUGCAUGCUUCGUGUAUGCUAAGGAGACCGGGAUAAGCUCCGGCCGUUUUGGCCUUAUCUUUUUUACCUUUUACUCACCAAAAAAAAUGGGAGGAAAAAAGACAAUACUACUUAUGUAUGUUAUAAAGGCACCUAAAAAUUCACUUAAAGCUAAUCAAGCUUGGAGGCAUUAUAGACUUCAAAAUACAUUGUGUCGUAUUUUGUGUUAUAAAAGAGGAGGCAUACGUGUAAAAUAUUGUUACAGUCAAGUUAAAAAAAAAAACAAAAAGAAAUAAACAAAAACCCACAUUGUAAAAUGAACAAAAAUCUGACUAAAAAUAGAUGACGAAACAGUAAAAGAAAUCAUUCAAAAUGGUAGAGGGGCAGAAAAGGACAAACACACCCUCUACAUGUAGGUUGUUGGAGGUAAGUCGGCGCUAAUAAAAAUACAUCUGCCCCCAUGACAUCCACUGUUGUCCUAACUUGCAUAUGUUACAGGUCAAAAUUAAAUUCGGGUUACAGUUUUUUAACCUAGAUUGAUUUUCUAUUUCCUUUCUCUCCUAGCCCUAAUCCAUGAAUACUUAGGGCUAGGAGACUAAGGUAAUUGAGAAUCAACCUAGGUUAAAACAUUUAAGCCCGAAUUUAAUUUUGAUCUGUAAGACAUAUAAUUGUGAACUUGUGCUUUGUGAGUGAACCAUAUACUGAUACUUUUUCAGGAACACUGUCCUGGGAAUUAUGUCCCACCCAAGGUCGUCAGCCAAAAGUCUUAGGCCAUUCCACCGCUGUAGUGGGAGACACUUUGUAUAUAUUUGGAGGAAUACAUCAUGGAAUUGCUUCAGAUGCUCUUUAUAUACUAAAUACAGGUAAGUUGUUUCUAACUUAAAAUAAAGCUAUAAUUACACAAUAACGGUAUAUUAUGUUACAGGUCAAAUUGAUUACAGGUGAAAAUAAUGUUUUCAAUGUUAUAGGUUUAUCUCAAGUUUCCUUUGUCUCUUAGGGCUUGUAGACAAAGGAAAUUGAGAAUCAACAUACGGUACCGCUCAAAAGAAAUUUACCAGUCACGUGUCGUUUCCUGCGCACUACGCGAUUCUCGUAGCACGCAACGAGAAUCACGUAAAGAAGGAUUUUGUUGAUGGGUAAAGUUUCUAAGUAAUUACAUGCACUUCAGCACAGAGUUGACCUAAAACAGUAGCCCUAGUGACUUAUAGCUGUACAUGUAGCUCCUUUAAGGGGCUAUUUUUUAUUGGGGCACUGUUUUGAUUCAUCUGCCAAGAAUUAGAUACAUGUAAAUAAAUAAAUAAAUAAAUAAAUAAAAGAUUUAAAUAAUUUUCUGUUUUGUUGCAGGGAAUUUGACAUGGACUCCUCUCAAGGCCUCUGGAAAACCCCCUCCUGCCAGGUACACAACUGAUUAG